AUGGGCAGCAUCGGAACCAGCAGCAACCUGGACAACACUCCCGCUCCUGGGGUGCCCUUCUACACUCCUGCUCAGAAUCCUCCGGCCGGCACUCCUGUAGACAAGGCGUCGGCCCCGACUCUCUUCCAGCCGCUGCGCAUGCGCUCCGUCGAGCUGCACAACCGCAUCGUCGUGUCUCCCAUGUGCCAGUACAGCGCCGACAAUGGCCACCUGACCGACUAUCACCUGGUGCACCUCGGCCAGCUGGCGCUGCACGGCCCUGGCCUCAUCAUCGUUGAAGCCACUGCCGUUGAGCCCCGCGGCCGAAUUUCCCCUCAGGACUCUGGUUUGUGGCAGGAUUCCCAGAUCGCCCCUCUGCGCCGGGUCACCGACUUCAUCCACAGCCAGGGCGUCAAGGCUGCCAUUCAGAUUGCCCACGCCGGUCGCAAGGCGAGCACUCUUGCUCCCUGGAUUGGCGGCACUGCAAACAAGACGGUGGCCGAUGAGAGCGUUGGCGGAUGGCCAAACGACGUGGUUGGCCCCAGCGCGAUUCCCUUCCAUGACGACCACGCUCACCCCAAGGAAUUGACCACUCAGGAGAUCAAGGGACUUGUCCAGAAGUUUGCUGAGGCUGCCAAGCGCGCUGUCGAGGCUGGAUUUGAUGUCAUUGAGAUCCACGGUGCUCACGGAUACCUGAUUAACGAAUUCCUGUCGCCUCUGAGCAACAAACGAACUGACGAGUACGGCGGAAGCUUUGAGAACCGCAUUCGCUUCGUCCGUGAAGUCACCGAGGCCGUCCGCGCCGUCAUCCCCGAGACCAUGCCCCUCUGGCUGCGAGUCUCCGGCACCGAGUGGAUGGAGUGGGCCGGCCAGCCCUCGUGGACCGUGGAGGAAACCACCAAGCUCGCCAAGCUGGUCCCCUCAUGGGGCAUCGACGUCCUGGACAUCAGCAGCGGCGGCAACAGCUUCGAGCAGCAGUUCCCCGACUCCAAGUCUUUCCAGAUCGACAUUGGGCGCACCGUGCGCAAGGCCCUCCGCGCCGAGGGCAUCAACCUCACCAUCGGAUCCGUUGGCUUCAUCACCGAUGCCCAGAUCGCCCACGACGUCGUUCAGGAGGGCCCCGAGGCUGCGGCCGACUUGGCCUUGGUGGCAAGGCAGUUCCUGCGAGAGCCUGAGUGGGUGCUGAGAGUGGCACACGAGCUCAAGGUGGCUGUAAAGUGGCCGAACCAGUACUCAAGAGCUGGGCCGCGAACGGACUUUGGCAAGAAGUAUUAA